AUGAUUCUACCAAUUCACGCCUUGGAGGGCAAACCACUGCCGCCACUGUGGUGGGCGAUCCCUUUCGCAUUACUUGCAGUCUUUCUUUAUCGAAUCAUCUCUGCCGUUAGAGAUCCUUUAAGACAUAUUCCAGGUCCGUUUCUUGCGAGAUUCACUCGGCUGUGGCUGUUCCGCCAGUACUGCCGCGCCGACUACGAGAAGACGGACAGGAAGUUGCACGAUAAAUACGGUCCUGUCGUCCGGAUAGCCCCUGGACAAUACAGCAUCGACAGUCUUGACGCAGCCAAAAUCAUUUACGGCCACGGCAGCCAUUUUGCCAAAAAUGACUGGUAUGUUCCAUGGGGCAAUCCUGCCCUGACCAACCUCUUCAACGAGUUGAAUCCGAAAGUACACUCUGGUCUUCGCCGACAAGUCGCCAACGUCUACUCCAUGUCCCACAUGGUCUCGUACGAGCCCUACGUUGACGAGUGCACGGAAAUCUUUGCCCAACGCUUUUCUGAAUUUUCUGAAAACGGUCGCGUGAUUGAUCUGGGGCAUUGGUUCCAGUGCUACGCUCUCGAUGUCAUUGGCAAAAUUACGUUCUCCAAGCGCUUCGGGUGUCUUGAGGACGGGGGAGACCCUCAGGGAGUCAUCAAGGCGCUGGACGAGGUCCUGACGUUCAGCACCAUCGUCGGUGUCUAUCCGAGGAUUUUUCCCUUCUUGUUCAGUAUCCUCAAGUACCUCGGCUCCGGCGGAGAACCACGGGGAAGCGCAUACAUCGUCAAGUUUGCCGUCGACCAAGUCGCAGCUAGCCGGAUCGAGGAGAAGCCCAAGGACGGGCCCCAGGAUUUCAUUUCCAAGCUUGUUCAGACCCAGAAAGAGCGCCCGGAGACUAUCGACGAUGAGUCCAUUGGGAGUGCUGGCAGCACCAACAUUGCUGCUGGCUCAGAUACCACAGCGAUCUCGCUCAGCGCCAUAAUGUACUACCUCUGCAGGAACCCGAGAACAUUGGAAAAGCUGAGGAAGGAACUGGACGACGCCGAGGCGGAGGGAUCAAUCUCAAACCCAAUCACCUUCAGGGAAGCACAGGCAUUGCCAUACCUUCAGGCUGUGAUCAAGGAGAGUCUCAGACUGCAUCCUGCUACCGGACUCACCAUGCCUCGUGUGGUUCCUGAGGGUGGCAGGCAACUGGCAGGAAGCUUCUUUCCGGCAGGGAAUGUUGUUGGAAUCAGUGCCUGGAUCGCACAUCACAACAAGGAGGUGUUUGGUUACGAUGCAGACGACUUCCGACCGGAGCGAUGGAUUGACUCAAGCAAGGAGCAAAAGAGCGCCAUGGAAUCUUACUUCUUUGCCUUCGGACAGGGCUCGCGCACCUGCAUCGGCAAGAACAUCAGCUUGCUGGAGGUGUCGAAAGCCAUUCCUAGAGUCGUGCAGAACUUCGAUUUGGUACUGGAGAAGGAGGAUGACUGGAAAUGCACCAAUUACUGUUUGUAA